AUGAUAACGAAGGCAGUAGAAGCUAGUGGAACAGUUACUAUUACAACUGUAACCCAGCAACUAUUUCGAACAAAGAUGGAUUUUAAUGAAUGUUUCAUUCAUCCAAAGUCAUUCUCUUUAGACCCUAACAUUUAUACAGAACUUGUAGAACAUUAUACAAACGAGGCUUUAUGUUUUCCUGUUAAAGUUCUGGAUUGGAUUCCUAUGGACGGUUCAUUCUCAAAGAAUACAGAUAGUUCAAGUGCAACAUUUACAGCAGCUUAUACGCCUAUUAAUGUUAAAAGUAUUUGGGCACUAUUUAGAAAGAAAGACAACUAUUAUGUUAAUUUUGAGAACCCUAAGUUUAAAUAUCUUCAGCUUUCCAUGGGAGCUUAUGGAAAUAUGCCUGCAGAACCUGAAAAAUCAUAUGGACCUGUAUUUUAUGAAAUGGUUGCGAACGCUUGCAAUACAAACAAUGAUAUGAUAGGAUUUAAUGAAGAUGUUAUGAGGUCAUUGGUGGAUGAUGGUAGUGUGGAACAUAAAUGGGAUAGCUAUGACAACACACAUUUCUUAUGUGGUUUUCCAACAGAAGUGGACUUUUGCUUCCAGCAAGGUCAAACAUCUACUGCUCCAAUAACAUACAAAUUGUCUG